GGUCAUUUCACGAAGCUAGGGUUUUGGAUCUGACCGCAUAUAUGUCGCAGGCUGCUCGUUGUGGCCUCAUUGUGUAAGCCGUCCCGCAGAAGAUCCUUUCAAUCUUCAGACAGGUUUACUUGUUUGUUGUUAGCAAUGGCGACGGUUCCGGGGCAGCUGAUUUGGGAGAUCGUCAAGAAGAAUAACUCCUUUUUGGUGAAGGAGUUUGGAAACGGAACUGCUAGCGUCAAGUUUAGCAAGGAGCCGAACAAUCUCUACAACGUUCACUCCUACAAGCACUCUGGGCUGGCGAACAAGAAAACAGUGACCAUUCAACCUGGCAAGGAUCAAGGAGUUGUGUUGGGGACUACAAAGACCAAGAAACAGAAUAAGCCAUCCAGUUUAGUCCACAAGUCUACCAUGAAAAAGGAGUUCAGCCGAAUGGCAAAGGCUGUUACGAACCAGGUGGCUGAUAACUAUUACAGGCCAGAUCUGAAGAAGGCGGCACUUGCUCGAUUAAGUGUGGUGAACAGAAGUCUCAAAGUUGCAAAGUCCGGUGUCAAGAAGAGGAACAGACAAGCUGCUUAGGUCCUCCGAUCUUUAUGCUUCAAGCUUUUGCCGUUGCUGUUGUCACCGUCACGCAGCUCUGUACCAAUGGUAUCUUAUGCUUUAAGUUAAAACAUUUACAGGUUUUUCUUGCCUCUAUUGGGAAGAACUUAAGUUAUUAUCUUGAAAGUUUCGGAUGCUUUUAUGGUUAUAUUGCCUGAUCCUACCGUUUAUUUGUUGUCGCUCGAUACUAUGCUCUUCUGUGUUCCAGAUUUUCCCUGCUAGGCUUUGUUGUUGACUUGAUAUACAUAUAUAUAUAUAUAUACCAAACUUUCUAGCUGCAUCACAUCUUGUUGGAUCUUUCUUUAUUUAUAUACAUUUUGUACCUUGGCACAUUCAACGUCUUGUAUGCAAUUAUUUUAUUUUAUUUC